UAUAUUGUGUUUUGUAAAAGAAAAAAAAAGAACAUGAUAAAAGAGAAGUAAGUGACAGUACAGUAGUAGAGUACUAAAUUUGAGGAUUAUAAUUGUGUUUUGAAGAAUAAAGUCAUAAAUCCUGUUUCUGUUUCUCAACUCGAAUCUAUCCAUAUAUCGAUCCUUCAUUUGAUCACAUGGCGCAAUCAGCAGCUACAGCAGCAGCUGUCUCACACACUCUUCAUAAUUCAGUAAGACCUGGUGUAAUUUCUACGCAUAAUGCCAAAUGGCUCACAUCGACCAAAUCUUUUGUCUCGGCAUCUGGUAAGGAGCUUGUUUCUACUCCAACGAAGAGAACAGGAAUUCUUGUAUCAUGUGUGAAGACAGUUGGUCCUGUCGUUAAUGAUAAGUCUAACAGCUUAAUAGAGAAAAGUACUUCCCGAGGUGCAACUUUCUUUAGUGGUUUUGAGGAACUUGUUGUGGGAGUCUGCGAUGAGACACAGAUUGCCGAGCUUAAGAUUAAGAUUGGGGACAUUGAAAUGCAUCUUAAGAGGAACAUUAAACCAGCAGAAGCUCCAGUGGCCAUAGUUUCUCCUACAGAGCCACCACCAAUUCCUAGUAAACCAAUGGAUCAUUCUGUCCCGGCUGCCCCACCUGCUGUCUCAACGUCUUCUAUAGACGCAAAGGAUAAUCCAUUUCUAAAUGCAGCUGUUAAGAAGUCAAGAAAAUUUGCAGCACUUGAAGCUUCUGGAGCUACUGGAUAUGUUCUAGUAUCAUGUCCCACGGUCGGGUCAUUUCUUAAAGGUAGGACACUCAAAGGGAAGAAGCAGCCGCCUGUCUGUGAAGAGGGGAGCGUCAUCAAAGAAGGACAAACAAUAUGCUACUUGGACCAAUUCGGCACUGAACUUCCUGUAAAGUCGGAUGUAGACGGAGAAGUCAUAAAGAUCCUAGUUGAUGAUGGAGAGGCUGUUGGUUAUGGAGAUCCCCUUAUCGCAGUCUUGCCCUCCUUUCAUGAUACCCUCCUUUCAUGAUACCGUCCUUUGAGUAGUUGGUGUCAAGACCUGCAACUUCAACAUUUUCUACCAUCGUGGUGUCAUCAUAUGCUCAUAUCUAUGAUCCUUAGUUGAAAAACUUUUGGAGGUACCAACGUUGUAAGUUGUAACUACCAUUCAAUGUAUUAGUGGUAUAUUUAUAUGCAUGUCACUCAUAAUAUCAUCGUAUAUGUGUAUAUCACUCAUAAUAGAUGGCCACCACAUCAAUACGUUAUGCUUAUUAGUUAUUACCAUA